UAUAUUUCAUGCAGUUUGAACCCUCAUGGUGAUGCCAGCAUAUCUGAGCACUUAGCCAGCUCCAUUAGUCGUAUUUUGUGUUCCAUUAGUCAGUCAAUGUGUCACACCUGCAGAGAGGGGAUUAUAAUCCUGACAGCAGUCUUCUACAACACCUAUAAAAAAAACCCUCUGGCUAAUGCACCACAUGCAAACAAGGCAAAUACAGAGUUCUAAUGGAAGCAAGCAGCAGAGUGAUGGUGCAGGUGUUGGUGUUGGCAUUGGUGUUCCAGGUCACCCUGUCUCAGCACUGGUCCUAUGGAUGGUUACCAGGUGGAAAAAGAAGUGUGGGGGAGCUGGAGGCAACCAUCAGGAUGAUGGGUACAGGAGGAGUUGUGUCUCUUCCCGAAGAGGCGAGUGCCCAGACCCAAGAGAGACUGAGACCAUACAAUGUAAUCAAUGAUGAUUACAGUCAUUUUGACCGAAAGAGAAGGUUCCCUAAUAAUUGAAGAGCUACAAAAAAAGAAAGA